AUGCCUCAGAGCCGAUUUACCCAUGAAUCGAAUGCGGGGUGGGCUCUUCGGCAAGUCAACUGCGUUGGAUACACCCCCGAGGCACACAGGCAGAAACUUCGUCAAGUUGUGGGUCCUUUAUCGAAAAAUCACGAGUGGAUUGAUUCUUUGGAAUACGUAGAAGACGACCUACCCGUCAUGCAGAAGUUCAUUCCGAAGGUCAUCCAUGAGAUUCUCUAUCAACAUUCGUCUCCCAACCGCGCCUUUUCGGAGCCUGAGCGGUCACCAGAACACGAUGGCAGGCCUCCAGUGAAGCCGACGACUCCUGUUGUCUAUCACUUCUACCCGACGGAGUUGAACCGGGAAUACUUUGAUAACUCACGAAAACACUUGGAGACACGUUGCAGAGCACACCCGGUAAUUCCGUUGUCCAUGCAGGCAAAGGAGAAGAUUCACAAGGUUCCCACACAGUACCGAAGAAACCUUGAAUGCUCGUCUUUCGAGCCCUCAAUGGACGACUCUUACUCUGAAGUUCCAUAG